AUGUUUACAUCACUGUUUUCAUGGUUUUCUUCGAUUUCUGCCUAAAUCUCGACAGUGCAUAUCGUUCUUUCGUUAGAGCACGUAUUCCUCAUAUUAGAAAUGAAAAGGUCACGUCAAUCGGCUAUUCAGAAUGAAAAUGAUGAUGAAGGCUCAGAUUCAGUAUCAGAUAAUGAGGAGUCCAGCUCAGGCAGCGAGUCGGAUUCUCCAGAUGAACAAAGCCUCGAGCCUCAGCCCUCGACUUCUAAGUGUAAGAGAGAGGAUGUCCAAAGUCCACCCCUGAAGAUGGCAAAGUUGACGAAAGGAGAGCUUUAUAAACCACCGACAAAUGAGGAGCUGAAUGAACUAAAGGAGGCGGAGGAUCUGUUCCAGUCUAGCUUGUUUCGGAUGCAGAUCUCAGAGUUGUUGAAUGAGGUGAAGGUUAAGGAGAGCAAGGCAGUGACUGAGUUCCUCCAUAAGUUGACAGAUGUGUUGACUGGCAUGGAGGCAGGCAAGAUGUAUGAUCUAACAGACCAGAGAUGGUGUCGGAAGAUGAAGAUAAAGGUGCCACUUCAUCAAGAACCUUUUCGCGUGAAAGGGAAGUUCAGCUUUCAUCCUCCCAGCAAGGUGACUGUAUUGGGCAGCUUUGUGAUGGGAACCUGUGUAGAACCUGAUCCUCAUAUUGAUGUGGCUGUGGAGAUGCCUGUUGAAUGUCUUCAAGCCAAGGACCACAUGAAUGAAAGGUACCUAAGAAAGCGAGCUCUCUACCUUUGUCACAUCGCUGGGAUACUCAAGGGUCAUGACCUCGUGAAGGAUGUCAAGUUUACCUAUCACCAUGGAAACCAUAUGAAGCCAAUACUAGUCAUAAAACCUGCAGGGAAAGCAGGUAAACUAGUUACCAUCAGGCUUCAUACCAGCCCAGCUAAAGGUUUCUUCAAGAUGAGCAAGUUCCUUAUUAACAAGAAUAAUAUCCGUCAAAGUUGGUAUACAGGGGUCGAAACUGAGGAGAAGGAGGAUGCAGUGUCAGCAGUCCCCACCCCGCACUACAACACCACUAUCCUGGCAGAUAUGACGAUGGAAGAUCAUCAGAAAGCUAUCAUGGGCCAGCUACACGAGCGGGACGAGUUGAAGAAAGGUGCAGCUUUGCUGAAAGUAUGGUUACAUCAAAGAGAACUUGACAUGGGUCACGGCAGCUUCAGUGGGUUCAUCAUGACCAUGCUGGUGGUAUAUCUCUUGUCCAAGCAACGACUCAAUCGCAUGAUGAGCAGCUAUCAGGUGUUGAGGAAUACGCUUCUUGAACUUGCUAAACUAAAUUUAGACGUCGAAGGAAUCAGUUUGUGCCACCCAACAAAUGGUGCCACCCCUCCCUCUGUUGAAGAGUUCCAUAAACAUUUUGGAGUUGUCUUCGUUGACUCGACUGGAUUCGUGAACCUAUGUGCUAAUGUUACCAAGAACACGUUUCAAAGGGUGAAGCAAGAGGCUAACAUCUCUGUUGAGACUCUCGACAACCCGACCAUAGAUGGAAUAGAGUGUCUCUUGCUGUCCAAGGUGCCUUUCUCAAUGAAGUUUGACCACAUCUUUCAUUUAACACACAUGGAGCACCUGCAGUCCGCAGUUGGCAAGCUAAAGCUUCAGAGAGAGCUGAUGGACCAUUCGGGUGACUACAUCCACACGGUCUUGCCACAUAUACUCAGUCUUGUGAUGCAAGCUCUUGGUAGCAGGGUCACUCUGUUAGCCCCCAAGUUAGAAGCACCAAAGGAAUGGGCCGUGAAUUCAGACCCACCACUCUGUAAUCUCGUUGAUAAAGUUACGUUUGGACUCCUGUUGGACACCGCUCAUUCAACGAGUGUUUUGGAGAAAGGGCCCCCAGCUGAUACGCAUGAGGCGAAGGUUUUCCACCAGUUCUGGGGUGAGAAGUCUGAGUUGCGGCGCUUUCAAGAUGGUAGUAUCUGUGAGGCGGUCGUGUGGUCUUGUAAAACACUAGCUGAACAAAGACUUGUCUGUGCGAGAAUCAUCAAAUACAUCUUGGAAAAGUCUGCUGACAUCAGUACCAAGUCCAUUCGUUACAUUGGUGGCCAAUUGGAUUCGAUUCUUCAACCUGCCCAACCCAAGAAGAAGUUUAUCCACUACGGCACAGGAGAGGAGCAGAACAUCGGCAUCAUGAAGAUGUACAACAACCUGAGUAAACAGAUCAGACAGUUGAAAGAUUGGCCUCUGAGCGUUACCUCCAUCUCAGGGAUAGACCCAGUGUUCAGAUUUGCCGAGGUUUUCCCUACUGUACCGCUAAAACAGUUAAAAAAGGAGGCAGAUCUCACAUUGGUCUGGCCUGAUGGUACCAUGAGGCCAUGGUCUCAGUCGAUGAGAGUUGUUGUAAUGCUGGAGGGUAGUGGGAAGUGGCCCGAGGACCGUGAAGCCAUCAAGAGGGUCAAGGCCGCAUUCCAUAUCAAACUGGCCGAGAUGCUGGAGGAAAGUUAUAAAUUCAGAUGCCGAGUUGCUGUGGACCAUGUGCUUGUUCUCAAGAGUGGGUUUGUGUUUGAGGUGCACCUGGCUUAUUACCGAGAAGUUACCAUUGCCAAGAUGGUAAAGACACCGGAGGGGAUGGUGAAGAUGGUCGAUACCAAGGAAUCACUGGAGUUGGAGGAGGUCAACUUGACUUUACCACAACUGACAAGUGCUUUACACAGUGUCCAGCAAAAGCACAACACAUUUAGUGGAGCGGUGCGUCUGGCAAAACGAUGGAUCGCUGCUCAGAUGUUGUCAGGAUUUCUCCGGGAUGAGGCAGUCGAGUUGGUUGUUGCAAGUCUUUACAUCAAGCCAGCUCCAUUCACUGUGCCAAGCUGCCCUCAGACUGGAUUCUUACGCUUUCUGAAUCUGCUGACUCGUCAAGAUUGGAGACUGUCACCGGUCAUUGUCAACUUGAACGAAGACCUAAAGUCUGAAGACUACAGAGAAAUUCAAACGAACUUCACAAAGCAUCGGUCGUCACUGCCGUUGAUGUUCAUCGCCACACCCUAUGACAAGUUGAAGUCAAUUUGGACACUGCACAAACCCACUGCCCCUAUUCUGCAGCGCUUGGUCCUGCUGGCACAAGAAUCACUGAACGUACUCCAGUCGCAGUUCAUGCUGAACACAGACGAUAUGGAUCGUAAGCUGAUCUUCCGCCCUCCGUUAGACAUUUACAACGUGUUGAUCCAUCUUAAACCUGCUGUCCUGACACGACGCAGCCAGUGUGUCGACCCAGAUCCAGACAUUCAGUAUCCACAGUUCGUCACUGAAGUGGACGAAUCACUCCCAAUGCCUGCGGUGAACUUUGAUCCUGUGGCUUGCUAUCUCCGAGAACUACGUGCAGCGUUCGAUGCAAUCGCGUUGUUUUUCCAUGACGAGUUUGGAGGGGAUGUGGUCGGUGUGUUAUGGAAGCCAGGUGCCUUGGAUGUCAAACCAUUUAAGAUCAAGAAUCUGAACUAUCACACACCAGUCGCAGGCAAAGAUGGAAAGGAAGAUCAAAUCGUGGCAAAUAUAGAAGCAAUAUUAGAAGACUUCAAAAUAAUUGGUGAAGGACUUGUCAAAAGUGUUCAGAGAAGAACUGGCAAUGGAGAGUGGGAGAACGUUGGUGAGAAUAACAUUGAGGACUCGUGAGAUAGUUUUGAAUGACCACAUGAAAUCAUGUCAGUUAAGCUGCACUGGAUGCAGUCAGUUUCUAGGUACUGAAUGACAUAGUCAUAAUGCCUACCAGCAUACAUGUCGUUAUGUCUGAAUGUAAACAUCCAGUGAAGGAAUUCUUGUGAUGUUUUUGAGCAGACGAUGUAACUAUUCCUUUCAACUGUGUAAUUGUCUGAAAUAUUUACCUCAGUAUGUAUUCAUAACCUUGAGAUUCUUUAAAUGCAGUGCUGAUGAUAAGAAUAAAGU